CCUCCUCCUCUCCGCCGCCUGACGCCACAUCUGCCUCACGUGAAUCCCGCCGCCUAUUUCUAUACCGCACACGUGACUGGUCAACGCCCGCCCCCUGCUCGAGGUCCUUCAGGUGGUAACGGCACUUCUGGUCUCCAUAGUUACCGGAGGCUCCGAGCUGACAGUCGGCUGGUUCCUAUAGUAACGGACCGGUUCGGUUCUGGCGGUGACAGUCCCGGGUCCGCUUCAUGGAGUGUGAGGCGGAGAUCCGGCGGAGGCUGCAGGAGGCCGGGCAGGAGCAGCUGCUGCGGUUCUGGGACGAGCUGGGCUCCGGGCAGCGGGAGGCUUUACUGGCGGAGCUGAAGCUGCUGGAUGGCCGGGAGCUGCGGGAGCACUGCGGCCGGGCGCGGGCAGCCUACGUGCGGGAGAGCGGCUCACCUCAGCGGCUGGACGAGCGGAUGCGCCCGGUCCCCCCGGAGUUCCUGGGGAGCGUCAGGAAGAGCCGCCCGGAGGAGCUGGCGGCCUGGGAGGAGGAAGGUUACCGCCAGAUCUCGCAGAACAGGGUGGCCGUCCUGCUGCUGGCUGGUGGUCAGGGCACACGUCUGGGGGUGACCUACCCCAAAGGGAUGUACCGCGUGGGGCUGCCCAGUGGAAAGACUCUGUACCAGGUCCAGGCGGAGCGCAUCCUGCGUCUGCAGCAGUUGGCCGGAGAGAAAUACUCCACGCGGUGCACCGUGCCAUGGUACAUCAUGACCAGCGAGUUCACCCUGAACCCCACGCAGGAGUUUUUCGAGGAGCACAACUUCUUUGGCAUCGAUCGGGCGGACGUCGUCAUGUUCGAGCAGAGGAUGCUGCCCGCAGUCGGGUUCGACGGAAAGGCCAUUUUGGAGAGGAAGGACAAGGUCGCAAUGGCUCCAGAUGGUAACGGCGGCCUGUACAGAGCCCUGGCGGACCACCGUGUACUGGAGGACAUGGAGGCGCGAGGCAUCUCGUCUGUCCACGUCUACUGCGUGGACAACAUACUGGUGAAGAUGGCCGACCCCGUGUUCGUGGGGUUCUGUGUUUCCAAAGGAGCCGACUGCGGGGCCAAGGUGGUGGAGAAGUCGUACCCGUCGGAGCCUGUCGGGGUCGUGUGCCAGGUGGACGGCAUCUACCAGGUUGUGGAGUACAGCGAGAUCACCCCACAGACGGCGGAGAAGCGCAACCCGGACGGCAGCCUGACCUACAACGCCGGCAGCAUCUGCAAUCACUUCUUCACCCUGGACUUCCUGAAGAACAUGGCCGGGACGCUAGAGCAGCGGCUGGGGUACCAUGUGGCCAUCAAGAAAGUCCCCUACGUAGAUGAAGAGGGCAACUUGGUGAAGCCCACACGACCCAACGGCAUCAAGAUGGAGAAGUUUGUGUUUGACGUCUUCCAGUUUGCCAGGAACUUUGUGGCAUUUGAAGUUGAGAGGGAAGAAGAAUUCUCCCCUCUAAAAAACGCAGACACAGCCGAUAAGGACACCCCGACCACGGCCCGGCGCUCGCUUCUGUGGCAGCACUACCGCUGGGCUCUGAAGGCUGGGGCGAAGUUCACUGAUGCCAAUGGCCGUGCCAUAGCUGAGAAGUCUGGUGAUCCAGAAGCGGAAGACCCCCCUGCCGUCUGUGAGAUCUCCCCUUUAAUCUCCUAUUUUGGGGAGGGCUUAGACGCGCGUCUGAAUGACCAGGACAUCUCGUCCCCCUUCAUACUGGACGUUGUUCCGAGGGUGUAGGAGGAAAUGAAGACCUGAGGGCCGCAGCGCCGCGCAGGAGCCGUUGUGCCUUUAUAAUCCGUCGCUUCCGCUGUGAAUCACUGCCGUGGGCCUCGGCAGUUUACUGUAAAAGCUGAAACCAAAAAUGGAGGACUCUGGACAUCAGCCCCAUGAGGACCACAGGGUAUACAUUCAAGGACCACCAAUGGGUCCUCUCAGUACUGUAGUGCUGUCCUGACGUCACCUGAGCGACCAGAUGUGGUUUCUUCCAGAUGUUUUAAUUAAUUGAUUGAAGUCUGUCCCUCGCCCCAUCCCUCUACACACUGAUCUCCAGUUGCAUCCAGCAUGAACAUGCCAAGCUGCAGUGUAAAGCAUGGGGGAGAGACAGCAGCAGCCGCCUAAGCCUUUGAUGAAGUUGACACAGAUAAUUUUGACUCCGACAUACUAGAGGCUUCAUGUAAAAUGCCCAUUAAAGUCUCUUUUCUAA